AUGGAUCAUCUUCCCACUCCUGCAGAACCCAUAUACCGGCCGGUUGAAGUUCCAUACCUUUGCGACCAAUUCUCAGUGAAUGACGCAGGCUUCUGGCAGUUCCCUGAUUCUCAAGGUUGGGAUUCGGCUCUACUUGAAUGUGGACUUUCUUCUGGUGACAUCAUCUCGUUGAUAAGAGCAAAGAAAGGAGCGUUAACAACGCCCCCGAAUCACUUCGCUGCUUUACUCCAGGCUUGGUGGUAUUUUGGUUUGCUUCGAGAGGUUUUGGGCAGAGAUAUCGAGGUCUGCGAUUUUCUGAAGCGCUCGGGUCCGCUUAACUCAAGGGUGAUCACGACGGAGAACCUUGAAACGCAUCUUAUGAGGUUGGUAACUCAGCUGCAGGGACUACCGCCCAAUGAAGCGUAUAAGAGGUUGCGAAAUGCCAUGGACUGUGUGGACUAUGUCCAUAAAUCGGUGGAACGCCUGGCCGGGUGCCUUGGUGAGCACUGCCUAUUUGAAGAAUCCAACGCACGGAUGCGACGCCCAAUUUCGGGCAUGAGACGAUCGGCUGAUGGACGGAUAAGUGUCUCGGACUCGGCUCUUGAUACUAUCCUCAAUAUCGCAGAAACAGCACAUGACGACAAUCGAGGUCUUUCUGAUGUUUUCCGAGACAGUCAAUCACAGUUUUGGGCCCGAAACGGGCGGGAGAUCCUCCCAGAGGACCUUGAGCUCUCCAUCGGCAUGCUUGGUCACACUCUAUCACACGCCAUACAAAUGAUAUACAGAAGGUUAGGUCUGCAGGCUCAGGGACCUAUAAAUGUGUCAGGCUGGUAUAUUCCUGAUCUAGUCCGCAAGCGCUUGCUCUCUAGUGGAUUCUGUCCCCGCGUGGUGUAUAGGUUGAGCAUGACAAUGAAACUCGUCGGCGCUUACUUGUCCAGCUUGUUACACUUUCCGCCGGAGGUGCCAAGUAGCGUGUCACAUGUUGAUUGUACGAUGUCACGAUGUCACGCAGACUACAUGGUCGAUGGAUCUUACAUAAGAAGUCAUGCAGAAACUGGUUGCUCUUGUGAGGUGAUGCCAGAGUUUGAGACGUCCAAACACGUGCAAAAAAUCCUUCAGCAAGGGGAAAUACCCGUGCUUCGCGUGAAAAAAGCACCGAACUCGCAGGAAUUCAAAAUCGAGGUACUUUCUUCUCGCAAUACCUCCUAUGUUGCGAUUUCUCAUGUCUGGAGUGACGGACUUGGCAACCCGGACGCCAAUGAAUUAUUCAAAUGUCAAUGGCUACGUCUGCAUCAUCUUGUCGACAAUCUGGUCCGGGAAAGCAAGCUUCCAACCUCGAGCACAUUUUGGAUAGAUACAAUUUGCGUUCCUGUUGGUCGUGGCCGGGACACUUCUUUACGCAAGGAAUUGCGUGAUGUGGCAAUCGAGCGUAUGCGCGACACCUACCGUCAAGCGCGCAUGGUGCUUAUACUGGAUAGCUCUCUGUGGCCGUUGACAUCUGAUAUGACUGAUCUUGAGUUUGCAUUCCGAUUUUCUUAUUCGAAAUGGAUGCGUCGUCUCUGGACCAUGCACGAAGGAGCGGUCGCAGAGACAAUUUUUGCCCGCAUCAAAGACGGCUAUGUCCCAAUGGAGAUUUUGAAGCACAAGCUCUUGCAAUUUAUCUGCGACGACGAAUCUAUUCUCAACGGGAGAAUUCUCCGCAGUCUCUGUGUUACAGAAUCCAUUACAUCGUGGAGCUCAUGUAUGCAAAUUUCCUUCGAAAGUCCUCAACAUCUCUUCAGAUUCGUCUGGAACGAGUCCAGAAACCGGGGAACGAAGUACGAAGAGGAUCGAUAUGUGGUUAUCGCGUCAUUACUCGGCCUGCGAGGCCAACAGAUGUACGCUUUCCAACGACCGGAAGAUCGCCUCAAAUACCUCUUCGAGAAUAUAGCUGAACUUCCCUCCAUGAUUCUCUUCACGCAGGGACCUCGGAUUCAAGAGCCAGGGCUUCGCUGGGCACCCGCAAGUAUGGACACAUCCAUGAUCCAAUUCAAUGGCGAUUUGAAGCCGGCGAUUCGCAAUACCGCCGGCUUGAUGGUGGAAUUCGAGGGUGUCCGCCUACUUAGCCAUCCAGACUGGGGAAAACGCUUUCGCCGGAGCCGUGGAUGGACGGAAAAGGUUAAUAGCGUGACGGCAGAUGAUAGUGGGACAUUUGCCUGGGUGGUAGAGGUAGAGGAAUACAACAAACUCAAUGUUCUCUACUGCGCGAGCUUUACCAUCCACGGGAGUGAGGCGCCGAUAGUCUCUGAAUCUGAUUCUUUGGCCGUCCUCUUGCAGCCAAGCACUGUUAAAGCCACGGAUAGGUUGUAA